CAGUCAGCGCGGUGUGCUUGUGACAUUGUUAUCAAACAAAUCUUUUACUUCACCAUCGCUAAACAACAUGAAAUUAGAUCGUUGUUACGUCUCUUCCGGUUUACUUCCUGCUGUGUAGUGAGACGUUCACAAGCCGUGAUUAGCCAACAACUACAGCGUCGUGGCUACGGCUGCUACCGCUGCUACCGCUGCUGCUUCUUUUACUUCCUGAAUCCACAACAACAGUGUAAAAAGCGUCUGUUUGUAGGAGCCGCAGCUCACACACUUUUUGUCGUCGCCCUGUGCUGCUGUGAUGGUGGAGGCUUCGGCUGCCAACCUGUUCGAGGACAUCCAGUAUGAGGACAUUGAAGUGGAAGCGGCUGUGGGCAGAGGGACAUUUGGAGUCGUAUUCAAGGCCGUGUGGAAAGGAAAGGAUGUAGCAAUCAAGACCAUAGAGAGUGAGAAUGAGAGGAACGCUUUCCUUGUUGAGCUCCGCCAACUCUCCCGGGUGAAUCACCCCAACAUUGUUAAGCUGUAUGGCUCUUGUGAUAAUCCAGUGUGUUUGGUCAUGGAAUAUGCAGAAUGUGGCUCUCUAUAUAACGUCCUUCACAGCACAGACCCACAGCCCCACUACACAGCAGCUCAUGCCAUGAGCUGGUGUCUGCAGUGUGCCAAAGGAGUUGCCUACCUUCAUGCUAUGAAGCCAAAGGCCUUAAUUCAUCGGGACCUCAAACCACCAAAUCUUCUCCUUGUUGCUCGGGGGACUGUGUUGAAGAUAUGUGACUUUGGCACAGCCUGUGAUAUUCAAACAUACAUGACCAACAAUAAAGGCAGCGCAGCGUGGAUGGCACCAGAGGUUUUUGAAGGGAGUAACUACAGUGAAAAGUGUGAUGUGUUCAGUUGGGGCAUCAUCCUGUGGGAGGUCAUCACACGCAAGAAACCCUUUGAUGAGAUCGGUGGAUCAGCGUUUUGUAUAAUGUGGGCUGUUCACAGAGGUACACGCCCUCCUCUGAUAAAACACCUGCCAGAGCCCAUAGAGACUCUCAUGACCUGUUGCUGGGACAAAGAGCCCAGCCAGAGACCAUCUAUGGAGGAUGUGGAGAACACCAUGAACCAUCUCAUGAAGUACUUCCCAGGAUAUGAGGAACCACUCAAGCUCCCUCACCAGUCUUCCCCCAACAGAUCUGGCUCUUCAUCAUCUACAAGCACAGGUUCAUGUGCGGACUACACCAACAGCAAUAGAAGUGACAACAGCUCAGAACGCAGGAACUCGGUGGGCAGAGAGGAGACCCUGAAAAGUUUUGAGAACAAAUUUCCUCUUCAGUUCAAACCCAUAAAGACAGCCACAUUGCGAACUGGGUUGUCUAAGAUGUCCAGCACAGACAGUCAACCAGGAUUAUCCCAGAGCCCCACCCACUGCACAAACCCUGUUGCCACUGGCCAAUCAGAGCUGAGGAUGACGAUAAGUCCCACAGCUGCCAAUGGUGUAGAUGGCUCCAUUCCUAUGGCCUACCUGAAACUGGACCACCAAUUACAGCCUCUCACCCCGUGUCCAAACUCCAAAGAGUCCAUGGCUGUGUUUGAGCAGCACAUCAGAAUGGCUCAGGAGUUCCUUCGAGUCCAGUCGGAGAUUGCCCACCUUGUUCGGAGGAAACAGGAGCUGCAGUCUGAGCUGGAGCAGGACCAGGGCGAGCAGCACACCUCAUCCCGACUCAUCCAGGAGCACAGGAAACUGCUGGAGGACAACGGCCACCUGUCGUCCUACCACCAGGGCCUGAAGAGCAAACUGAGCCUGAUCAAGGGUCAGAGCCAGCAGCACAGCUAAAGAGAGGACGCUGGACCACAACCAAUCAGCAACACCCUCACAGAUGAUUGGCGUUUUUACUCUGCUCAUGUCUGGAGUGACUUUCUCCUUGAAGGAUGAAAGGACAUCACUUCUCCUGACAGUUAAGUAGAGAGCCCUUUAUCCUGAAUAAAGAGGAUAUUAAAGACAUGGAUGAGAUUUUUAUAUGCAUACACGUGGAAGUGCGGUUGUAUGAGGUACUGACAUAUAGUCAGUGAGUAGUCAUUGUGUAGUGCCAGGAACCAGCCUGAGACAGGGACACUCACUCUCUCUGAAAACAUGCUUUGAUGUAUGAUAUUUUAAGAAUAAAUCUGACGCUUUAUCUCGCCAUUAAAGAGCCUGUUUCUGAUUGGAAACUAUAAUUUGUACCCCUCACUCUGAUCAUUGACAUCAUUGAUUUUGUCUGGUCUGUCCACUUGUGUACAUAGUGGCCACGCCUCUUGGAAGUGGGAGGUGACUAUGCCCUUUCAAGACUCAUACUCGGUCUCAAAUGAGAUCGAGAUGCAGUCCGGACAAAAUAACAACUUCGAAGUUAAUGCUUGUGGCAGCAGUGGACGAACAACUCUUGUUUGGUUUGCCGUGUUCUCUGUGGACUCUGUGGGUGCAGUGUGAGCAGUUUACAAAGCGACGCCCACUUCAGUUUCCUGCUGGAAAAAGGCUGUCUAAUUGGCAAGAAAAAGCAGCAAACAUAUUAUUAAGAUAUUGUAGAAGUAAGCAGGUGUAGAUUUUAUUGUUUGUUGUUUCCUUUGUGUCCCUGCUUGGCAGCCAUGUUUUGAGUACGUGUGAGCCUUUUGCAUCUCAGGGUGGUUCUUGGCUCAGUUGGCAAACACAGCACAGUCAGCGCUGACUAUCUGUCAGUAAUUUGAACAACCACCCACAAAAAACCGAUCACUUUCAACCCACCACCAAUGCAGUAUUUUAAAAUAACAUUAGGAUUAAACCAUUGCUCAGUAUGGGAUUGCAAUCGUCAAAUCUGAUUGAAAGUGGUUAUUGUUUUGUUUGGUCAGGAUUUGUGUUGUGAAAUAGAAACUCUGAAGCAAAGGCAGCUGCCAUAACUAAAAGUGUUUUAAGACUCUUGGACUGGGAUCUCAUAAUGUCGUCCAUUCCUACAGUGUAUCACCUUUACAGUCACCAUCAUUGCUUAGAUUAGGCAAAAUAAUGAGUAUAAUAAGUAAAAAAUAAAGGGGAAGUGAGGGGGUACGGACCUGGAAAUGACUUAGAAUGUUAUAUAUAUAUGUAUAUAUACAUACAUGCAUACAUAUAUACAUAUAUAUUAAGAUAUAUUAGGCAUAAUUCAACCUUAACCUCUGAACAGAACCCACAGAAGUCAACACUUACUGUAUUUUCAACUAUCUAAAAGGGACUAACUUAUGUGCACAGUUAGGUCCAGUUGUCCAGUUUGAUAAAUAAUACAGUAAGUAUAAUUUCUUCAUAUGGGAUUUAACAUAAUAGAUAUUAAACUAGCACUUUUCACUGUAGGAAUGGACGCUCUGAUGAACUUCGAUUAAAGAUAGUUUUAGAUUUCACUUCCUGGAUGGCCUUUGAGCCAACGAGUUUUACUUAGCUGUCCCUCUAUUUAAAAAAUAAAUAAAUAAAAAAAUAGAAUAAAAAAUCUCAAAGUGACUACAGUUAUGAAAUCCUUACUUUUUUACAUUCAGGUCAUUGCAGCAUUUGUGCUGCGUUUUAUAAAAAAAAAAAAAAGGUUUUGCUUGAUGUGAAUGUAACCUAAUGAACGACUGUAAAAGGUUGCAGGUUUUCUUAUCUGUUACAUUUCAGUUUUUUUCUCGAGUUACUUUUGACACUUUUCACAGAGUUAUAUGAACUUCAUUCUCUACUGCACUGUUUGGGUCAAAGGGAUUUUCAGCAUGCGUUGUACUCUCACUCUAUGAUGGUGACUUACUUUGCCAAUGAUUGUCGUUUAAAUGCUGCCUUGGGUUGUUCUUUUACAUUUUAUUUUCACACAUGAAUUGUUAUACUUUCUGUUUUAACAUGUACAGACUGUAUGUAUGUAUAUGCUUUCAUAAAGUAAAGAAAGUGUACUCUGGU